AUGAGUAUCAGCCAGUCUGGUGAAUUUCCUCGCAAUCGCAACCAAGUAUAUAACGUAAAUAGAAAACUAAAGAACGAAAAGGCCAGGACAACCCUUUCAAACAAUGAUCCAUUGCUACAGAUCAUCACAAAGGCUAAAGAGGACCAAAAAGGAAGGGUCGAGAAUGCUUUCAUUAGAGAGAUUCCGUUGUUCCCAGAGCCAAUAGUCUUUCUUGCAUCUGAACAACAACUGAAAGACAUUGAACGCUUUUGUACCAACCCAGCAAAAUUCUGUAUUGUUGGUGUAGACGCUACCUUUCAAAUCGCAGGAUUCUAUUUCACCUUCACUACAUACAGGAAUCUCAUGUUGACAACAGAAAAGGGAAACCAUCCUGUUUUCAUUGGUCCGGGAAUCCUUCAUAAGCAGAAGCUUUACACGUCGUACAAGACACUUCCUCUUCUAAUGUCCAAAUACUGCGCUGGAACAAGUGGAGUUCUGGUUUAUGGAACCGACGGGGAAGAAAAGAUGGCCAAAGCCUUUUGA